UGUGUUAUUUGAAUAAAUUUUUUAUUAUUCAAUCACAAAUAGCCACAAUUUUUAAAAAUCAAUUGAUUGAACAAAAUGUCCAAAUCAUCGGAAAAGGAUCUAUUUGUUAGGACACCAUUGAUCGAGAGUCUAGAGUUGGCUCAGUACUGUCCCAAUAGGAGGGUAUACCUAAAAUUAGAGAACUGUCAGCCGUCGGGCAGUUUCAAAAUGCGAGGAAUCAGUCGAUUUUGUCAACAGGCUGUCCGCGAGAACCGUGAAGAAGUGAUAAGUUCGUCGGGCGGUAACGCAGGUCUGGCAGCUGCCUGUUCUGCUCGUCUAUUAGGCCUAAAGUGUCACAUAAUUGUGCCCAAACUUACUACUCAACGGAUCAUCGAUAAGAUUGCCAAAGAAGGAGCAGAUGUCGAAGUGUUUGGCAAUUUCUGGAACGAUGCCAACGAAAAGGCUCUCGAAUUGGUCAAGAAUUCACCGAAAAGUUUUUAUGUCCAUCCCUUUGAUAAUCCGAUUUUGUGGACAGGUCAUUCAACAAUGAUCGAUGAGAUUGUCCAAGACUUGGAUACUAUUAUUCCGUCAAUGAUAGUCACUUGUUGUGGCGGCGGUGGUCUACUGUGCGGUAUCAUCGAAGGUAUGCGUCGUCACAAUUGGACAUCAGUACCGGUGCUGGCAAUGGAGACCGACGGCGCUAAUUCGUUGAACGCCGCUGUACUGGCCGGCGGUCAGCCCGUUCGUUUACCGGCCAUAACCAGUGUGGCCACGUGUUUGGGUUCACUGAUUAUUUGCGAUCAAUUGGCCGACGAUUACCGAAAAAGUCAACCACCUGUGUUGUCACAUCUGGUCAACGAUAAACAAGCUGUCGAUGCGUGCAUUCGGUUCGCUAAUGAACACCGRUUUCUCGUCGAACCGGCUUGUGGAGCUUCUUUGGCUGCACUCUAUACUGGAUUAGUUAGCAAACUAUUUGCGGACAGUUGUGGUAAAUAUAGUGAUGGACCGGUAGUUGUUAUUGUGUGCGGCGGUUGCGAUGUCACACUGGAUAAGCUUAGCGAUUGGAAACAACAGUUUAAUCUAUAAGUUAUAUCAAUAAUUAUUCAUUUAAAAUA